CAACUCAUAAUCAGUCCAUCUAUUAGUAAUCCUUUGUAGCAAUCUCUCAUUAGCAGAACCAUAUAAUGGAUUCCAAAUCCAAGAAUAGCAUUUGCCAGUUGGCUUUGCUAUCAUUCAUUUUGGGUUCUCUGGCUUGCCACACUGUUGCAUCUCGCUCUUUCCAAGCCCAAGAGGCAUCAAUGUAUGAGAGGCAUGAGCUAUGGAUGGCUCACUAUGGACGUGUGUAUAAGGAUACUGCUGAGAAAGAGUCACGUUACAACAUAUUCAAGGCCAAUGUCGAACAAAUUGAAUCUUUUAAUAAAGCCUCAAACAAGCCAUACAAGCUUGGAGUCAACCAGUUUGCAGAUCUUACCAAUGAAGAGUUCAAAUUGCGCAACAGGUUCAAGAGCCAUGUUUGCUCAAAUGUUGCCACAUCAUUCAAAUAUGAAAAUAUGACUGCAGUGCCAGCUACCAUGGACUGGAGGAAGAAAGGUGCUGUAACACCUAUCAAGGACCAAGGCCAGUGUGGAUGUUGUUGGGCCUUUUCAGCCGUGGCAGCCAUGGAAGGAAUUAACCAAUUAACAACUGGUAAGUUAAUCUCCCUAUCUGAACAAGAGCUAGUUGACUGCGACACUACUGGCCAAGAUCAAGGGUGUAACGGUGGCCUUAUGGAUGAUGCCUUUAAAUAUAUCAAACAAAAUCGUGGCCUCACCACUGAAACAAACUACCCAUACCAAGGAACUGAUGGCACUUGCAACACCAACAAGGCAGCAAACCAUGCAGCCAAAAUUACUGGGUAUCAAGAUGUUCCUGCCAAUAGUGAGAGUGCACUACUAAAAGCUGUUGCUAAUCAACCAGUCUCUGUUGCCAUUGAUGCUAGUGGUUUUGCCUUCCAAUUCUACUCAAGUGGUGUCUUUACAGGACAGUGUGGCACUAGUCUAGACCAUGGUGUAACCGCUGUUGGCUAUGGGACUGCUACCGAUGGAACUAAGUACUGGUUAGUUAAGAACUCUUGGGGCACAGGAUGGGGUGAAGAAGGAUACAUAAUGAUGCAAAGAGAUGUUACUGCCAAGGAAGGCUUAUGCGGUAUUGCAAUGAUGGCUUCUUACCCUUCUGCAUAGAAGUGUAAAAGUAAAAAAAAAUGGUACCUACAUAUAUACAUAUAGAAUAAUUAUGUGUUGCUUGUUAUCUUUGUUUCUUUCUCUACCUUUUGUUUGUUUAUGCUGAUGGCAAAACUUGUGUAUUUCUUAUAUUGGACCCAUGUAAAAUUAAUCUAGGUCAUGAUUGAUAUGGACAACAUAUUCUAUUUCUUGCCUUAAA